CCUGAAAUUUCAUACAAGUCAGUCGGUCGUCUUCUCAAUGGAGAGUUCUUUUGUGUCGUCAACAGAGCUUUGAGUUUUGGUGAACUCAUUUUUGCAGAGCUCAACGUGCAACUGAUUUUAAGAGAUCAACAUAGAAAUAUUAUUAUUAUUGUUUAAUAAAAGAAUAUAAAUAUCCGGAAAAAUGCCUUCAGCGGCAAACGUCAAAAAUGACAAGCAUUCUAGCCCUGAUGGAAAUGGUGCUCCAGAAAAUUCGGGUUCUUUAACACCUUUAAGACAAGCUAUAACCAUCAUAGAACACAAAAUCAGAAAUCUGGAAAAGAGGAAGUCGAAAUUGGAAUCUUAUCGCGAUUUACAAAAUGCUGGUAAGGAAUUGAAUACAGAUCAGAAGGUUGCUGUUGCUAAAUAUGAUGAAGUGGCUCAGACUUUGGAAUUUGCCAGAGAUCUAUGCAAGCAAUUUCUUGGCAUUGCCAGUAACUCUGAAAAAGAUGCUAAAAAGCAGGCUAAAAAAGAAGCCCAACAAAAAAGUCAGGCCGAAUUAGCAAGACUACGGGAAAUUCUUUUAGUACAGGAUGCUUUAAAUCAAAUGGGAAAUGAGUCUGUUAGAGACGAUUUUCUUCAUGGGAGAAAUGGAGCUGCCCAUUUGAAUGAAAGUGAUCUGAAAUUGCUAGAUGAAAUAUAUCCUGCUGUUAUACCAAAGCAUGAAAGUGGAAACCCUACAGCAUUCACCAAUGAAGUUCAAGCAGCUGCCGAGCAUUUAUUAGCUGUUGUUGAUGGUAAACCUAAAGAAAUUUUUGGUGGAACAUAUAGUCAAGUUAAAGAAAUUCUGGGGAAAAUCCAUGAGAGUGGCUAUUUUGAUCAGGGUUCGGAUUUUGUAGAACCCAGUGUGAUUGAAGGAGAAGAAAGUGUUUAUGUUGUACAAGAAGAGCAGGAUCUAAUUGUGGAGCCUGAACAACACAAUUUACAGGAACAGGUCCCUGAAAAUCUUAUGCCUGUAACUUCUCAACUACCCCAUGAUUCCUUGAAUAUGGAUCCCCAGAAUAUUCCCCCAGAACAAAUAUUCUAUCAACAGCAGCAACAGCCACAACAACAGCUCAAUCAGCCUCAGAUUGCUCUACAAAGGCCUAUAGCAGAAAUGUUGAAUACUGGAACUUUUUUUUUCCUACAGGAUUCUGAAAUUGACAAUACUCCACUAGAACAGAUUCCAAGUCAAACCUACACAAAUCAGAAUUAUGCAAAUCAACCACCUCCACCUAUUCCAUUGCCAUCACAUUUUCAAACGAUUGGCAACAUGCCACCACAGUUGCAACAGCAGCCGACGACAAUUUCAAAGAAUGGCAUCGACGACCCCAAUAUGAAUAAUUCAACUGUUGACUCAAUGAAACAAUUACCAAAUAUGACAGGUCCAGGUAACAGACCACCAAGGAAUAACUAUUAUCAACAGCAGAACAAUAACAAUGGCAACUUUAACAACCGACCACGGCCGAACCGCAAUGGUAUGCGAGGUAACAAUAGGAAUAAUUGAGAUGAUCAAUCAUGGAACAUCUUUGAUGAAAAUCGACCUAAUCCACUGACAGAUUGUCAUUAUUGAAUCCUAUUUUAUGUUCAGUUAAUAUUUAUUUUUUUUUUUUUUUUGUAAUUCUGUGAUUUCAAAUGAAAUUGAACAUAACCUCAAUUUCACAAUUAAAUUGAGACGGUUAGAGAGGGCGUAUAUAUUUCAAUAUUGAAGUUAUUGAUAAUCUACAAAAAGUAGUUCAAAUUUUUUUUUUUUACUUGGCUGCCUAACAUUCAAUCAUGACUUACAGAAAAAAAUAUUUAUCCAUCAACUUAAAACUGAAUUUGUAUGUACAAAUAAAAUUAUUUGAAGUUCUCUAUAUUUAACUUUGAAGAAAUUAACACGAUCAAAGAAUUUUUGAAGACGAGUGCCUACUUAUGCAUGCAUAUGUUUUUUAUAUUAUGAGGAAUAUUUUAUUUGUACAUAUUUCUGUUGUUGGUCAUCUUCUUUGUUCUUACAUUGUUAUCCUCGCUGGUUGUCAAGCAUUGAAAAAUUUCCAAUUUAAGAUCACUGACUAUUAUUUCUCGGCAUUCCUUUCAUCCAUUUUGAUCAAUAUGGUUGAACUAAGAUUUGCUCUUUGAUUUCAUUUGCUUAGAAAAACUUACAGGUUCCUAAGCAUUUUGUGGCACAAUUUGUUAAGAUUAGGAUAAUGAAUAAAACGGAUUUUCUUGUCUUGAAUGAAUAAAAUUAAGUUGUAAAAUAGUAUUAAAUAUCUUUAAAUAUUGAUCAGAAAUGAUAUCAUGUAUUAUUUUCUUUGUUUCUUCAUUUUUAUAAUGAUUGUGAGUAAAUCUUAUUGGGAUAAUAAAAAAUUUUUACCAUCUCAAAUAUA